AGUCACGUGACCGGCCAUCGAUGCCCGCAGCGCAGGUACGACGCGUUUCAUCGUGGAGGAGAGUGGAGGCGCAACGGGAGUGAAUCAAACCCUAUUUCUUUUCUUUUGCUUUGAUACUCAGAUUACCAAUCUCUAGCACGAUGACUAAGUUCCUCAUGAACAUUGUGAGGCGAGGAUGGGUGAGUGACAUGUAUCAGGUAAGGAACUUCAGCCUCUCAAAUGCACGCUCUCUUCAUACGACGGUUCUCCACGACUUUCAUGUUGCCAAUGAGGGGAAAAUGGUUGAGUUUGCCGGGUACUCUAUGCCUGUCCAGUACGGCAAAGUGGGCAUAGCAACUUCACACAAACAAGUACGAAACCACUGUGGGCUGUUCGACGUGUCACACAUGUUGCAGAGCAAGUUGCAUGGCAAGGACAGGAUCAAAUUCAUAGAGGGACUCAUAGUUGGAGACAUCGAAGGCCUCGCGAACAACACAGGAACAUUAUCGCUUUUCACCAACGAUAAAGGAGGGAUAAUAGAUGAUCUGAUUUGCAGCAAGACGGAUAAGGAUUAUUUGUAUGUAGUUAGCAACGCAGGUUGCAAGGAGAAAGACCUGCAGCACCUGAGAGAACACCUGGCGAGCUUCAAAGCUGGCGGAGGAGACGCCGAACUCGAAAUCAUCGAUGACCAUGGCCUGGUGGCUGUGCAGGGCCCCGAGAUGGCCAAGAUUUUGCAGCCGUUAGUGGAGGGAGACUUGAGUCAACUCUAUUUUAUGACAACCCAAGAAAUGAAAGUUGCAGGUAUCCCCUGCAGAGUGACAAGGUGUGGCUACACGGGGGAAGAUGGCGUCGAAAUAUCCGUCCCAAAUAAUAAGGCUGUAGAACUCUGUGAGACUCUGGUUGGUGCAGGUGUUCACCUUGCUGGUCUUGGAGCACGAGAUUCCCUAAGACUAGAAGCUGGACUCUGCCUCUAUGGAAAUGAUAUUGAUGAUGACACCACACCUAUUGAGGCGGGCUUGGCUUGGACUAUUGGGAAAAGACGUAGACAGACUGCUGAUUUUUUGGGAGCUGAGAUCAUACUGAAACAGCUAAAAGAGAAGCCAAAACGCAGACGUGUUGGUCUAGUGUGUAGUGGACCUCCACCCAGAGCACACUGCCCAGUUCUAGAUGCUGAUGGCAGCCAAGUUGGAGAGGUCACAAGUGGUUGUCCAGCCCCAUCAUUAGGAAUGAAUGUGGCCAUGGCUUAUGUCCCAGCUGCCGUGGCGAAAGUAGGCACAGAGUUGUCUGUCCAAGUGCGUAAAAAGUCCAUACCAGCUAAAGUAUCAAAGAUGCCUUUUGUUACCUGCCAUUAUUAUACCAAGAAGUAAAAGCAUGCCCAUAGUGAAAAAGAGGUUUUAAAAGUUUUUUGUAAAAUCUUCCCUUUUGAAUUUCUUGCUGAAUAUGAGUGCAUAUUUGUUCCUAAUGUUUACAUUGUCUUCUUUUUUCUCCUCUUUCUUUCAUUCUAAAGAAAUACCAAGAUUGACAUAUGAUUAUGGAUAUUAUUUAGUUAUUGGUAGUAAUGAAUUUAGUAAUAGUGUUACACAUAAAAUAACAGAAUAGUGAAGGUUAGUGCAGAUAGUAUUUUUUUAAGAUCAGCAUUUUUUUUAUGUGUCAAAGAAGUUAAUAUGUAUACCUAAUAAAGUGGAGUUACAUUUCAGUGCUUGCACACUUUUAUGUCAUUAGUAUUUGAUAUUGGGAAAAUACAAGGCUGUUCAGAUUUAAUAAAUAAAUGAUAACAUUAAAUUGACAACCAGAUACAAAAUUACAAUGAAAAUUACACGGUAAAAGAUUUGGUCAUUGCGAUGAUUUUGAUCGGUAGCUAUAUUUCUAGUUAAACUCAGCCUGUCCUUAUGUAUGAGGAAGCAUUAUGCUCACAUACACAAAGGGACAUAUACAGUGUUUAAGUAAGAAUUGCUGUAAAAUGGCUUCAAAUAUAUAGUUUUAUACAAUAUGAUAAAAACAGUGCAUUUUAUAUUAUUUUUUCAGUAAUGUACUUCAUUGUACAUAUCUUAAAGUUCCUGCCCUUGUGCCUGCUGUCUUACUAGACUUUACAAUGUGUGUGAAGUGCUUAAAGAAUAGAAAAUGAAAAGAUAUGUACACUUGCUGUUUUUUUUUUUUUUUUCUUUCUUUCUUUUUUUCGAGUUAGAAAUAAGAAAAAAUACUUUGAAAAUAUGGAUAUAUGUAUCACCAUUUGAGAAGCUAUUUACUGUCACCUUUUCCUAUGAGACAAAAAAACAAUUACAGUCUUCAAGGAAAUAGAAAGCUGUCAUACUCCUGCACACAUGCAUACAUGCACAUUCAUAAAGGCUGUUAAUUUAAAAUUUGUAAAAAUGAGCGUCAGUAAUCAAUUCAAAAUGCCACAAGAAAAUUACCAAUAUGAGCAUUAGCAAAACAGCCCCAUUUCAUAUUAAAAUGUAUAAUGAUUCUCCUAUGUUUCCUUACUUUAGUGGAACAGUCCAUAAAAGGGAUCCAAGUGGAUUAUAUAAAAGGGCAUAUACAGAUUUGCAGUAAUUUUCCUUUGUAAUGAUAAAUGGUAUGUGGAAAUCCAUCAAUAGCAUAACCAGUUUCAUUUAGAAAGUUUAGAUGUUGAUUGAAGUAAUUGUAUGAACUCAUUAGUAGUACACAAUCAAACAUGAUUUUGAGAUGUCACUACUGCAAGCUUGACCAUUUUUCAUCAUAAUGUCCUAUUGUUGUCUCACCUGAAAAGACCUGCAUUUAUAUUCUAACUCAUUUUAUGGUUACUGGUUACAUACUUUUCUGUAGAUGAUGCACAAUGGAAUAACUGCUAAGAAUCAUAAAUAUAUAACUCAGAAACACACAAAUGUCAGUGCAACAGUGUUAUAAAAGAGUCUGUAAGUUGUACAAGAUAAAUCGGCCAUGUUUGUACAAAUUAUCAAAGACAUGAGAGGUGUUCUAUGAUAGAGCAAGAUUUUUAUUUACUAUUUUAUCUGUAUAUUUACUCUAGCAGACCAUUAUAUUGGAAGCUAAUCAUAAGAACACUAUUUUUUCCUCAUGUAUAUAUUUUACUUAAUUUUCUGAUUAUGGAAUGAACAAGGUGGUUAGUACAUACUUUUACACAAGUGCAAUAUGUAUACAAUUUUUUCAACAGAUAUUGUUGCUAUUUUUUAUAUUUAUAACAAAUGUCUUUGUCAGUAUUGGAAAGAAAGAGUUGGAUUGUUAUUUUCUUCCUUUUCUUUUUAUUAAUACUUCAUGGUGCUAAUUUGUUGAGGUGCUAUUUACUUUGUUCCUUUUUUACCCUUUGAUGGUUUUUAUUUUGUUUUUAUACUGUAAAAUGUUUAUUAGAAUUUCACAAGAUUACUUAUUC